AUGCAUGAAUUUAUUCGCAGGUUUGCUGAAUUUGUGGCCUCAGACACAUGUUUCCGGUGGGAGGAAGGUCAGAGCUCUUUCUCAGUUCCUUGGUACAAAACGGCUCGUCAUUUAUCUUUGCUUUCUGAUUGCAUCAAACCAGAGUUCCGUAAAUACAUUGAAAAUUGUGAUGGUCUGAGGACAUUUCUUCUGCUAAGUGCAAAAGGAACACAAAUUGGCCAGUUUCCUUAUUCACUUUUCCAGAAACUAGUACGAUUGCGAGUUCUAGACUUGAGUCGUACUGAUAUUGAUGAGCUCCCGGAGUCAUUGGGUAGAUUAAAGUAUCUUCGGUAUUUCGAUGCAUCUCAGACACAUAUCCUAAGGUUGCCUAAGUCAGUGACCAACCUUCAUCAAUUACAAGUACUCAGAUUGAGAGAAUGUUAUAAACUUCUAGAGUUGCCAAAAAACGUUAAGAACUUGAGUAACCUUCUACAUCUUGACGUGGACAUUAAAGGAUUGAGGUGUAGACCAGCAAGUAUAGGAAGUCUAAGUUGCCUUAAAACACUUCCUUCCUUUGCUGUUUGUAAGAAGGUAGGAUAUCGCAUUGCAGAGUUGAAGAAUCUGAAGAAUCUAUGUGGUACAAUUUGCCUUAGUAAUCUUGAAAACGUUAAGGAUGGGGCAGAGGCCAGGGAAGCGAUGAUAUGUGAUAAGCCAUAUAUCAAAAGCUUGGAAUUAGAAUGGAGCCGUUUUUCUCGAGAUGGGUCAAUAGAGAUGGAUGUCCUUGCUGGCCUUCAACCAGACAAAAAUUUGAAAGAACUGCAAGUAAUCAACUAUGGUGGUUCGAGCUUUCCUGCUUGGCUUACAAGCCCAUCUUGCAUGCUUGUGAGUAUCUAUAUGCAAAACUGUCGGCAAGAUGACUUUCUGCCUUCACUUGGGCAACUUCCUUUCCUCAAGACACUUCAUGUUGAAGGUAUGCAUAGCGUGAAGUAUGUGGACUAUCAUUUUUGUGGUGAAAGUACAACUGGGGCCUUUCCUUCCUUGGAAUCACUGAAGAUCCAGGACAUGAUGUGCCUUAUGAGUUGGUAUCCAUUACCAGACAAUAGCUUGCUCCAGCUCCGUGAUCUUACAAUUGAGGAUUGUCCAAGUCUCUUCUCAAUGCAAUCGCUAAAACAUAUGAGUUCACUACAAGAACUAGUGAUCAACUGUUGCCCAGGGCUGGAGACAUUGCCUCAGCUACCAGGAUCAAUUCAGUCAUUGAUCAUUUUCGAAAGUGAUAUGGUGAAACAGCGGUGUCAGAUUGAAGAAGGUCCUGAAUGGAACAUCAUAAAAACAAUUCCUUAUGUGGAGAUUGACUACGAGAGUAUGUUUCCUGGAGAUUCAAGUUAG